AUGUCAGGACGUGGAAAGGGAGGAAAAGUCAAGGGAAAGGCGAAGUCCCGUUCGAGCCGUGCCGGUCUUCAGUUCCCCGUCGGCAGGAUCCAUCGUCUCCUCCGUAAAGGAAACUACGCCGAACGCGUCGGUGCCGGAGCUCCCGUCUACCUCGCCGCCGUCAUGGAAUAUCUGGCCGCCGAAGUUCUCGAGUUGGCAGGAAACGCCGCCAGAGACAACAAGAAGACCAGGAUCAUUCCCAGACAUUUGCAGUUGGCGAUCAGGAACGACGAAGAGUUGAACAAGCUCCUUUCCGGAGUGACGAUCGCCCAAGGCGGCGUUCUGCCCAACAUCCAGGCGGUCCUCUUGCCCAAGAAGACCGAAGCACAUCAUCGAUCCCCCGGCAAAUUUCGCCGACCCCACCGAAUCUCCAGAAGAAGUCUCCUCCGCUGAUCCAAGCAUAACCCACCCCAGGCAAUUGGUAGCCUACCUAACUCUCGUCCUGAUGGACCUAUUCCCACUCCAACGCCAACAAAUCCA